AUGUCAAAGAUAGUUCGUUCAAUUAAAAAUGUGGCUGGUGGUUAUACAUCUGCUCAGAAGGUGGUUAGAAAUGCUACAUCAAAUGAUCCUACCGGUCCAACAACAUUUGAUAUGGAAGAAAUUGCUUCUUUCACGUAUCAGGGCCAAACUGAAUUUAUGGAAGUUAUGGAUAUGUUAGAUCGUAGAUUGAAUGAUAAAGGUAAAAAUUGGAGACAUAUUGCUAAAUCAUUGACUGUUUUAGAUUAUUUAGUCCGUUAUGGAUCUGAAAAAUGUGUAUUAUGGGCAAAGGAUAAUCUUUACAUCAUCAAAACUUUGAGAGAAUUCAUUCAUUUAGAUGAAGAAAAUAAAGAUCAAGGUGCAAUUAUUAGAGUCAAAGCUAAGGAAUUGGUUACACUCUUAAGAGAUGAUGAAAUGUUGAGACAAGAAAGAGAACGAGCAAAGAAAAGCAAACGUCGUGGUGGUUACAAUGAUGACGAAGAUGGCUUUGGUGACGAUAGAAGAAGAAAUAGAAAUAGAAACAGAGAUGAACGUUCAAGAAGAGAUGAACCAUAUGAUGCUGAUUUACAAAGAGCAUUGGAAUUGUCAAGAAUUACUGCUGAAGAAGAACAAAAUCGUGCCAGAGAAGAUGAAAAUGAUCCAGAAUUAGAAGCUGCUUUGAAAUUAUCAUUGGAAGAAGAAGAAAUGAGGAAACAAAAGCAAAAUAACAAUUUGUUGGAUUUAAAUGACGAAACUCCAAGUGCUCAACCACAAUAUUAUUUAGCUACUGGAUAUUUCCAACCAACCCAAUAUCAACAGCCACAAUAUUAUGGUCAACAACAAUAUCAACAAUUUGACGUUUUUGGUAACCCAAUACAGAAUCCAAUGGAUACUGGGUUAUACAAUCAACAACAACAACAACAAGCUCUUUACCAACAACAACAACAGCAACCACAAUUCCAACCAAACAAUUUCACAGGGUUCAAUUAUGGACAACCUCAACAACAACAAGAACCUUUGCAACCAUUAAAAACAGGAUCAAACAAUCCAUUUGCCUUAUCUUCUGAAACAAGUAACAAUAACAAUAACAGAACACAAACUCAAUCUUUGAAUGCAUUAGCAGAACAACAACAACAACAACAACCGCAAUUUUUCACUCAACCUACUUCACCACUAAAACAACAAAAUACUUCAUCAUCAAGGUUUAAUGAAACCCAUGAAUUGAAUGAUUUGUUAACACAAGGUACAGGAUUGGAUACUUUUGGUAAUACCGGAGCAACAAGAAUUCCUCAUCAACAUACCAAGACACAAAAUUUUAUAAAUUCAAGUGGUACUGGUUAUAAACAAGUUGAAAAUGGUCAAAUGAGAUUGAGUUCUAAUGCUACUGGUAAUCCAUUCUUGAACACUGGUAUCGGAUACCAAGGUCAACAACAACAACAGCAGCAGCAACCUCCUCAGCAACAACAACCUAUUAAUCCAGCUUAUACUGGUUAUGGAUUCGGUAAUGCAGUUCCACAAUAUCAACAACAACAACAACAGCAAAAUGGACAACGUAAUGGUAAUGAAGGUCCAAGCUUAAUUGAUAUUUAG